AUGAAGACCCAGACAGCCUGUCGCACGCUGAGGAGUGCCCUCGGUAGACAGCAAUGUCAAUGUAGAAGGGCUUAUGCCACCGAAGUCAAGCAGCCUGCCGCGACGGUGUCGUCCGAAGCAGAGGUGGGCUCGGCGAGAGCCUACUGUGUGGACCUUCUAAGAAAAUAUGACACUCCUUCGUUCUUGCUACAAUCAUACAUGCCACCCAGCACACGGGACGCCUACCUUGCCAUUCGUGCCUUCAACAUAGAAGUCGCCAGAACUGCCGACACAACGAGUACUCCCACAAUUGGCUCCAUGCGCCUACAGUUCCAGAGAGAUGCCAUCACAAAGGCCCUAGCUGGCACUCCCCCGAAACAGCCCAUCGCCGUUUUGCUAGCUUCUGCCGCCGAAGACCUGCAGCGAAGGACCAACGGCAAAUCAAAGUUCAGCAAGAGCUGGUUCCACAGAAUUGUUUCCACCAGAGAGCAAUACCUUACCAACCCGCCGUAUCCUGACUUGGCCGCUCUCGAGUCGUAUGCUGAGAAUACAUACUCGACUCUGAUGUACCUUACUCUUCAAGCCUUGCCCAUGGCCUCCUUGACCGCCGACCAUGUCGCAUCGCACAUCGGAAAGGCAACCGGUAUUGCGACUAUCCUGAGAGGCCUGCCGUUACUCGCUUUCCCCGGUCCAGCAAACCAUCACUCGAAUCAAGGAGGCAUGGCUGGUGACGUUGGUGCCACAAGACAGGGCUCAGUCAUGUUGCCUCUGGACGUCAUGGCGCGACAUGGUGUAAGAGAGGAACAAGUGCUUCGCGAAGGUGCCGAGGCUCCUGGCCUUCGCGAUGCUGUCUUCGAAGUCGCCACAAGAGCUAGCGACCAUCUCAUCACAGCAAGAGAAAUGGUCAAGAACCUGCGCGCUGGCCAGGAUGCAGGUCACGACUUCGAGCAUGGUCAUGAAGAGGAACACAUGAACUACGCCCCGUCGCAAACAUCUACAUCCGCCCAGGAGAUUCAACAAGCCUUCCCCGUCUACCUCUCCGGCGUCCCUACAAGUCUAUGGCUCGAGAGAUUGCAAAAGCACGACUUCGACGUUUUUGCUCCGAAGCUCAGAGUCACUGACUGGCGACAGCCAUGGAAGACAUGGCUGGCGUACAACAGAUCCAAAUUCUAA